AUAUAUAGACUUUAUGUAUAUUUAAUACAUAAACGUAAUUAAGUUAUUUUGCGACUAUGGUUUUGUUUUAAGUUUUUAUUAGAUUUUGAACCUGGUUGGUCGGCUGUGAUUGAUAUUUUUACUAUAUUAUUAUACGAGUUGAAGGAUGUUAAGAGGAAGAGUAAAGCAUUUGUUGCACUGUGCUGCUUUUUUGUCUUUUAUAUUCCUUUUUCUUGUAUUCGCUGGAGCUGUGAACUUGGAUGAUAAGGAAAAAGAAAUAAUUGACCCCUGGGAGGCUUAUGGUAUACAUGGCACUAUAAUAUUAUAUAUUUUGAGGCUGUUAACAUUAUUGACAAUACCUCAAGUUCUAUGUAACUUCUUUGGAUUAAUAAUCUUUAAUGCUUUCCCGGGAAAAGUUAAAUUGAAAGGAUCUCCAUUACUAGCACCGUUUAUUUGUAUCAGAGUGGUAACAAGAGGGGACUUUCCCAAACUUGUAAGAGACAAUGUAACAAGAAAUAUGAACCUGUGCCUUGGAGUGGGAAUGGAAAACUUUAUGAUUGAGGUUGUCACUGAUAAAGCAAUAAAUCUACCCAAACACAGAAGAGUGAGAGAGGUGGUGGUGCCAUCGGAAUACAAGACUAAGACAGGUGCUUUAUUUAAAUCACGCGCCCUGCAGUACUGUUUAGAAGAUGAUAUAAAUAUAUUAGCUGGUACUGACUGGAUUGUGCAUUUAGAUGAGGAAACAUUAUUGACUGAGAACUCUGUAUGUGGUAUAUUGAAUUUUGUGAUGGAUGGCCAGCAUCAAUUUGGUCAAGGUCUUAUUACAUAUGCCAAUGAAAAUAUUGUGAACUGGCUUACAACACUUGCUGAUAGCUUUCGUGUUGCAGAUGAUAUGGGCAAACUCCGAUUUCAGUUUUAUAUAUUCCAUAAACCACUAUUCAGUUGGAAAGGGUCUUAUGUUGUGACUCAGGUAAAUGCUGAGAAAAAAGUGUCAUUUGAUAAUGGGUUGGAUGGAUCAGUGGCUGAAGACUGCUACUUUGCAAUGAAGGCCUACAUGCAAAGGUUUACUUUUAAUUUUGUUGAAGGGGAGAUGUGGGAGAAGUCUCCAUUCACAAUGUGGGAUUUCAUUCAGCAAAGGAAAAGGUGGAUCCAAGGUAUACUUCUAGUAGUUCAUUCAAAGGAAAUACCUAUUGUACAUAAAAUAUUUUUAGCAAUAUCUUGUUAUUCCUGGGUAACACUGCCACUAUCUACAAGUAAUGUCCUAUUGAAUGCUCUUUGUCCUAUUCCUUGUCCACACUAUUUGGAUUUAUUGUGUGGUUUUAUAGGUGCUGUAAAUAUUUACAUGUACAUUUUUGGUGUUAUCAAAUCAUUUCCUAUACAUAGAUUUGGUCCGUUGAAGUUUUUCUUGUUCAUUUGCGGGGCGUUGGCUACUAUUCCACUAAAUGUUGUUAUAGAAAAUAUAGCUGUAGUAUGGGGGGUUCUCGGAAAGAAACACAAAUUUUACAUAGUCAACAAAGAGAUUAAGAUUCCAGUCACUGUAUGAUUCACUAUUUAUAGUAGUAUAAAGCUUUAUUAUCAUUGUUACUUGAUAAGUGCACAAAUACUUAAUGGAAUAUUCCUGCACUGAAAUAAUGCGUAAUUGUAAAGUGGAGCAAGUAUUCUUUUUAAGAACAUACAUAUAAGACAAUUUUGAAAUUUAUACAAUUAACUACUAGCUUUUGUUACCAA